AUGUUUGGUGACUCCCAUACAUCCAAUCAUGCUGGGACUUCCGACGAAUGCUCCGAGUCUAUCAACUACUGCGACAUUGUAGCCCCUUGCAUUUUAUUCCAGAGCUGUCAUCCCACUGACCUCAUCAGUUUUGACUUACAAGAUCAAGCGACAGUUCGUGUUGCAUAUCCCUGUGAGAAUGGACAUCCCGUCCUGCCUCAACAUUUCAAAAUGUGGUACCAGGACCGUCGUACGCACUUUCCCGUCUAUUGUUUCUGCACGCUUGUAGAAGGCGCUGCCAUUCGUGCUCGAUGUGUGGAAGUUCGCAAGCCAGACAGCGAUCUCUGUGGCCAAUAUAUUCUCACUUGUGGAUAUCAGCCUAACCGGUGUGGUUACUUCGUCAUACCGAAGAAAGCAUAUGACACCGUUUUCUAUCGGGCGAGCAUUGCUGCUCCAUCGGCCCCUUUGUGGCCCGAGACUCCCGUCCCUCCUUCUCCGGCUCUCUAUAUGCCACCUCCCCCUCCUUACAUCGCGUCAACAUCCUCAAUGCCUCAGACCCCCCCUGCACAGGCUCUGACACUUGCAUCUGUUCAGUCACCCCCGUCCGACUCUCAGGCCUUUGACGAUUUCUUGAGGGAGAACUUUCCACCGCUGUCACCUCCGAGCCCGGAGAAUCCCCACCGUUUACCUUUGAGCUUACCCCCACUGCCUACCUUAGCAUCACGCCCUACCAGAGGCAUCGGGAAGGGUAAGGCACUGGAGCGCACAUGUAGCCUCAGAGCAGGCUCUUCUUCUCUUGAAGAGUGCGAUAGGUACCCAAGGCCCAUGUCUAGUGACAGGCCAGAGCGACAAGUCAGUUUGCCAGACAUUUCCCCAGACAUCACUGUGAUCUCCGUGGUUUCAUCUGGAAGCUCCUUACCUCCCUCUCCACCGUCCUCUAGUCCUUUGGGAUCAUCCCCUCCUGCUUUGCCAUCAUCUCUGGCUUCAGUAGCCAUGCUGCCCCCACCCCCACCUUCACCGGUUUCUGCACCGAUAAACUCUCAAUCUGGGAGUCCCGUGGUUGACGAUAUCUUCGCCACGCUCAAUUUUGUUGACGAAAUUGAGCAUCGCGCUGACACCAAUCGCGAGUUCUCACUGCCUGACGUGCAUGACGCUCUGCAGGCUAUGUUUAACAAUGUACCGCCGCUGCUAGGGCCUCAGCAUUCUGCACAGGAUGAACUUUUGCGCCGUUUUGACUCUGAUAAAGGGCUGACAUGGGCAGAGAUGCCAGAGAUUGCAGCUGCAUGCAACCGCUGCUCUCGCUGGUUCUCGAAGCGAGCCUAUGCACUGCACGUUGCAUCGGGUCAGUGCAACUAG